GAACAAAAAAUACAACAACCAACAAUCAGUUCAAUGUUUAGUAGAGUAAUACCUCAUGGAAAAUCACAACAGCAUAAGUUGAAUGUGGCCUUACUUGAAUUUAUUAUUACUGAUUCUCAGCCAUUUCAUAUUUUAAAAAAUGAAGGAUUUAAAAGAUUUCUUUUUAAACUUGAUCCAUCAUUUUCCAUUCCAUGUGACAAAACUAUCAAAUAUUUAAUUUCUGAAGCAUACAAACUUGAUAAUGAGCUAAAAAGAAAAACUGAAGCUAUUCUUCAAAGAAAAUACAAUGAACUAAAUUCUAAAUUAAACUCAAAUAAUGAAUUACUUGAAUCAUCAUCAUCAAUUAAAAGGCAGUCAUUUGCAACAAAAGAAGAUACAAUUUUUAAUACACUUUUUGGAACUGAAAAUCAACAAUGUAAAAAAAAAGUAAAUGAGAUUGAUAAUUAUCUUGAUGAAAAUAUUACAGAAAAAGCAGAACCUAAUACCAAUCCUUUUAUGUGGUGGAACAAGAAUAAACCAAGAUUUCUUGUAUUGGCAAUAUUAGCAUGUAAAUAUUUAUCUAUUCCAGCCACUUCAGUCCCCAGCGAGCGGCUUUUUUCAGAUGCUGGAAAUAAUAUGACAAGUAAAUAUACAAAACUUAAACCAAAGUUUUUCAAGAGAUUCUUUUUGUAA